AUGGCAUCGGAGGACGUGGUGGGGAAGAGCAGGGCGACACGGCCGUCAACACCAUCGUUAACCUGGCCGAGGAGGCCAAGCUCGCGCGCGAGGGCGUCAAGGGCCCCGCCCAUGGGUGUCGAUGAAGACACCAAGGUGGAGAAGGCAAAGUUCUUCUACGAGCGUGGCAAUUUCCUCGCAAACUUCUUGUCUGCACCUGCUACUUCUGCUUCUGCUGCGUCAGCUUCAUGUUGCCCUGUGAUGAGAGGAGACUGA